AUGAGUGAAUCUAUGGUGGAAGGCAACAGAUUCCAGAAGCCUCUUGUAGCAGUUAAGAGAAUUUUUUCUUCACAAAUGGAUGAGAAAAGGAAGAAAGGGUUAUGUUACCAUUGUGAUGAAAAAUGGAACCCCAUGCACAUAUGUAAGGCUCCCAAAGUGUAUCUGUUACAUGUUGAGGAUACUGCUGGUAGUACCUUAGAAAUACAGGAGGAGGGAGAUGAGACUCUAGUGACCAAUGAACAAUUGGUGACAGAAGAAGAAGAAGGGCUGGAGGUGUCCAUUAAUGCAAUAUCUGGCUGCUCUAACAAUAAUGCCAUGAAGUUGUUGGGCAGGAUUGGAAGUUAUGUGGUUGAAAUUUUAGUGGACUCGGGGAGUACACAUAAUUUUUUGGAUCCAUUGGUGGUACAAGCAGCAAAACUUAAAGUACAUGAUGAUUUGAAGUUACAAGUGAGAGUAGCUAAUGGUGACAAGUUGGUAAGCAGUGGCAGCUGUGAAGAAGUCAUCAAGGUUCAAGACUCAAAGUUUAGAAUUCCAUUUCAUGUGUUAGCCUUGGGUGGUUGUGACAUAGUCUUGGGGGUUCAAUGGCUAAAGACCUUGGGGUUAAUUUGUUGGGAUUUUAAUUCCAUGUCUAUGAGUUUUACAGUGGGGCAAUCCAAGAUCACCUUACAUGGGUUGAAGUCUGAUGGCAUGAAGCUUCAAAAUGGAGAGGGCAAUUUAAAGUCUUCGUUGGUGAGACAGCAGGGUUGGUUUUUGCAACUGAGAACUGAGGACUCAAUAGAGAAACCUGGAAGUCAGGUGCAAGAGGUAGAAGAACUAUUACAAGGAUCUUUCGAUCAUCAUAUUCCUCUUAGAGAGGGAACUGGUCCUGUUUCAAUCAGGCCUUAUAGAUACCCUCAUUAUCAGAAAACUGAGAUUGAGAAUAUUGUUCAUGAUUUGUUGAAAUCUGGGAUGGUGAGGCCAAGUCAGAGCCCCUUUUCUUCACCAGUGCUUCUUGUUAAAAAGUCUGAUGGUUCAUGGAGGAUGUGUGUGGACUAUCGAGCAUUAAAUCAAGUAACCAUCAAGGAUAAGUUCCCCAUUCCUGUGAUUGAUGAGUUACUUGAUGAAUUAUAUGGAGCAACAAUAUUUUCCAAGCUGGACUUGAGAUCUGGAUAUCACCAGAUUCGAGUUAAAGAUGUGGAUAUUGAGAAAACAGCCUUUAGAACUCAUGAGAGGAACUUGGUGGACCAUAUUGCACAUUUGAGAUCAGUGCUAGAAGUUUUAAAGCAACAUACACUCUAUGCAAAGAGGUCAAAAUGCAAGUUUGCAAUGCAUGAAGUUGAUUACCUCGGCCAUAUCAUUUCUGGUUGUGGUGUUAAAGCUGAUCCUUUCAAGAUUAUGUCCAUGAUUGACUGGCCUAUUCCAAAAUCCUUGAAAGCCUUGAAAGGAUUUCUCGGACUUACUGGUUAUUACAGGAAAUUCAUCAAGGAUUAUGGAUCCAUUGCUGCCCCAUUAACAGUGUUGUUGAAGAAAAAUGCUUUCCAUUGGACUGAGGAGGCAUCUCAGGCCUUCCAACACUUGAAGAAAGCUAUUACUAGUCCACCAGUACUCAGAUUGCCUGAUUUUUCUAAAAGCUUCACUAUUGAGUGUGAUGCUUCAGGCUUUGGGUUAGGAGCUGUUCUCAUGCAAGACAAUCAACCUAUUGCCUUUUAUAGCAAGGCAUUAAAAGAUUACAAGAGAGGGAAAGAAAACAAGGUAGCUGAUGCUCUUUCCAGGAAGUCUGAAGAACAAUCGGCAACCUUAGCACUUAUCACUUUUCCUACCUCUCUUUGGGUGGAAGAAUUAAAACAAAGUUAUCAACUUUGCCCCAUAAUCCAAGACAUCUAUGAGAAGUUGCAACAAGGAUCAGAGGGUCCUAAGCACUUCACAUUACAACAAGGCUUGUUAUUAAGGAAAGGGAAAUUUGUGGUGGUUUCAGAUUCACCAUUCAAGGCUAAAGUAUUGCAUCACAUUCACAAUAGUCCACAAGCUGGCCACGUGGGCUACCAUAAAGCACUACAUAGGGCCAAAUUGGAUUUCUACUGGAAGGGAAUGCGCAAGGAUAUUAAAACUCUGGUUCGAGAAUGUGAAGUAUGUCAAACAUGCAAACAUGAAAAUGUGCAUCCAGCUGGCCUUUUGCAACCUCUACCUGUUCCUUCCUCACCAUGGGCAGAUAUUUCUAUGGAUUUCAUUGAGGGUCUUCCUCUUUCUGGUGGCUACAAUGUGAUUUUUACUUUGGUGGACAGAUUCACCAAGUUUGGACAUUUUUUUCCCUUGGCACAUCCCUAUUCAGCAAGUAAAGUAGCCCAGGUUUUCUUCCCUGGUGUCUUUAAACUGCAUGGGCUACCUCAAUCAAUUGUAUCAGAUCGUGAUGCUAUUUUCACUAGUAAUUUUUGGAAUGAGCUUUUCAAAUUGCAAGGCACUUCUCUCAAUUUCAGUUCUGCCUAUCAUCCUCAAUCGGAUGGGCAAACUGAGGCCUUGAAUAAAACUCUUGAAGGGUAUUUGAGAUGUUAUACUAGUGACAAACCAAAGGAGUGGAGUUUGUGGAUUCCUUUGGCUGAAUGGUGUUACAACACCACUUGUCACUCUUCCAUUAAAGUCUGCCCUUUUGAAGCCCUUUAUGGAUACUUACCUCCUAAAUUGGUUUCUUAUGUAGCUGGUACCUCAGUCAAUCCUGCAGUAGACCAGCAACUUAAAACCAGAGAACAACUUUGGUUAAUGCUAAGGGAGAAUUUGCUGAAGUCACAGAACAGGAUGAAGGAGUUUGCAGAUAGAAAAAGAACUGAGAGGGAAUUUCAAGUGGGUGAUUGGGUCUUCCUUAGAUUGCAGCCAUACAGACAAAAAACUGUCUCCCUAUGCCACAAUCUGAAAUUAUCUCCAAGGUUUUUUAGACCUUUUCAGGUUUUGGGAAGAGUUGGGACAGUUGCCUACAGACUCGAUUUGCCUCUUUCUACAAAGAUACAUCCUGUUGUACAUGUGUCAUGCUUGAAGAAAAAGUUGGGUCAGAAUGUGAUUCCACUUCCUACACUACCUCCUUUGGAUUCUCAAGGACAAGUGCAACCUGAACCUGAAGUGAUCUUACAAAGAAGGGUGAAGAAAAUCAGAAACCAUGCUGUCACAGAAGUCUUGGUGAAAUGGUUAGGAGCUCCUAUUGAAGAUAGUACCUGGGAGCUUCUGUGGACAUUGCGGGAUCGUUAUCCCCACCUUGUGGGCAAGGUCCUCUAG